CUUCUAUCGUUUACUACACAAAUAAAAAUAUUACUAUUAUUAAUAUUGUUGAUUAUAUUAUAAGUAACUUUCAUUAUUUUUGAGUGUUUUGUCACAAUCAAAAAAGAGAAAAAUAAUUCAGUUCGGUUUUAUUGAGUUGGAAAAAACAACCUGUUGCAUAUAACACUGGGGUUUUUAAAUGAAACUUAAUUAAUUUUACUGAGCUAUCUGUUUUGCUUUAUAAAAGUAUUCAUGUAUUUUUGAACUCAGGUUCUUCCGGCUAGUCAAUAUUAUGGUGUGUGGUUUUUAUAUUUACUUAGUUACAUAAACUAAUUGUUGUUCUUAUAAACAAAAUAUACACACUCGGACUUUUGUGCAUAUUUAAAUGAUGUUAUCUCGAUCUCCAAUAGUUGCAGUUGUGUAAAAAUAGCAAUUAUUACAAUUAUUCUGUAUACGGGUUUUGAUUAGUGGGCACGAUCUCAAUGUUGUUUAUUGAUAGGAUUUUGUUUUUGUGAAGCUACUAUAAAAAGUGAAUACUAUAAAAUAAUAAUAUACAGUUGAAAAAAAAAAACAAUCUUUUAACGUUAAACUUAUUUAAAAAAGCUCAGAAUCAUCCAAGAAAUAUUUUUAAUCAUUUCAAGAGCUAAACAAAAGUUUACUGUGAACAGUGUUGAAUUAAUAAAAAUAAUAUGUGCCAUAGUAAAAAAUUGUUAUGUGAUUUUUAAAUAACUCUUAAUAGAAAAAAUAUAAAGGUUAAAGUGAAUUCAACUUUGACAAUUCCAAACAAAUACCAUAAACUGUAAAACUUAGAAUAAACUCAGAAUGGAAGGUGAAUCAACAGAAUCAACGCACAAUACGAAAGUAUCGGAUUCAGCUUAUUCAAAUAGUUGCAGCAACAGUCAGUCACAAAGGAGUGGAAGCUCGAAAUCAAGACUCAGUGGCAGCCAUUCAUCAGGAAGCAGUGGAUAUGGAGGCAAACCAUCAACUCAAAACUGUAGCAGUGAGCUUCAUCCUAUGCGUGGCAUGGAUAAAAUGCGAAAGAAGAAAAAACAAAAAUGUUCUACACAAACUAUUUCAAAUACAGUUGAAGGUCAAGAAGAUGUUACUUCAUCUAAUGAAGGUAAAACCGAUGAAGAAUUAUUGGCUGCAUCAGAUACGACUAACUGUCAAACAGAUCGUCCAGAAACUUCAGGCAACGACGAUUCAAUUGAACAACAGAAGUCAGAUAAUUCCUCACAAUUUACAACCUCAUCACCACCACCUGCAAUUGGCGAUUGUACAUCAUCAAAAUUAGAAAAAGAAGAACCUAUAACUAUUAAGUCAGACCAGAAAUCGGUUUCAAGAUCCGAAAAAGCUAAAGAGGAAAGUUUCUGUUGUAUAAUAUCAAUGAACGACGGAUUAGUCCUAUACACAACUCCAACUAUAACUGAUCUACUUGGCUUUCCACGAGACAUGUGGGUUGGGAGAUCGUUUAUUGAUUUCGUUCAUUCCAAGGACAGGGGAACCUUUGCCAGUCAAAUAACAACUGUAAUACCAUUGGCUGAGACACGCAGCACUAUUUCGAAGGAAUGUCUGACACCUUUCUUUGUUAUGAUUCGACGUUAUAGAGGCUUAAAGACAGGGGGUUAUGGUGUUAUUGAUAAAGCACUUAAGUAUGAGCCAUUUCGUUUGACUUUGACUUUUCGCGAAGGUCCACAAACAGUUCGACCAGAUGGAUCAGUUGAAACAUCAGGUUCAACUAUGUUUUUAGUUAUUUGUGCAACAAAUGUAAAAAGCUCUUACAAAGUACCAAGUGAAGUUUUAUCCCACAAAAGUCCUAAAUUCUCAACACGUCACACAGCGGCCGGUAUUAUUUCCCAUGUGGAUAGUUCGGCUGUACCGCCUUUGGGUUAUUUACCACAAGAUUUGAUUGGCAGAAAUAUUCUUGACUUCUACCAUCACGAGGAUUUGGUAUUAUUAAAGGAAAUUUAUGAAACAAUUAUGAAAAGAGGUCCAACAGCUGGAAAGUACUUCUGUAGCAAACCAUACAGAUUCCUCAUACAAAAUGGUUGUUAUAUUUUAUUUGAGACUAAAUGGACAAGCUUCAUGAAUCCAUGGUCGAGGAAACUAGAGUUUGUCAUGGGCAGUCAUAGAGUUUUUCAAGGUCCAAAGAAUUGCAAUGUAUUUGAGCCUGCCUCGAAUGUUAAAAUUACACUUUCGGAGGAAACUCUAAAUCGGAGUAAUCGCACCAAAGAGGAGAUAUUGAAAUUACUCUCGAAAACUUUGCCAAAAACUUCGGAUUCCGUCAAACAACAAGUAUCAAGGCGUUGUCAGGCGUUAGCUUCCCUUAUGGAAACAAUUAUGGAUGAGGUUUCCCGACCUGAUCUUAAGCUAGACCUACCACACGAAACCGAUUUGACAAUAUCGGAAAGGGGAUCCGUAAUGCUCGGCGAGAUAUCUCCACAUCAUGAAUACUACGACAGUAAGUGCCCCACAGAGACGCCUCCCAGCUAUAACCAGUUGAACUACAAUGAAAACUUGCAAAGGUUCUUCAACUCCAAGCCGGUUACAGCCACAGAAGGUGUUGCUCUGAAAUUGGAACAGCCAUAUAAUGAACCAGUAGAUGGUGGUAUCGCUCUAAGCCCUGUCGAGUGUUUUGAACAAAGUGGUGGAAGUGGAUCAUCUGGAAAUUAUACGACAGGCAGUCAUUUUCACAUGGGAAGUAUUACAAAUACAAGCAACCCAGAAACAGGAACAUCGUCUGAAAGUGUACAACUUCAAUCGCUAACUGAAUCUCUAGUAAACAAACAUAAUGACGUCAUGGAGAAGCUAAUGCUCAAGAAGCAUCGAGAAUCAAGAGUUCGACAAGGAAAGAAAAAUCUCGAAAAGAAUCAGGAAAUCAACAACCACGGAGUCAAACGUUUCGGCGCACACUCCUGGGAGGAAGAUGCGAAUAGGACAGCCAAACACAAUCUCUUAAAUACCAAUGCGAAUGCCCAGAUGGGUGGCGAUACAGGACAAGCUGACCAGUCAAACCAAAACAAAAAAAUGGUCCCACAAAUACAAUACUUCGGCAACAUUGGAGAACAGUGUGGCAUGCCCGCAGCUGCACGAACCAAUGUCUGGGCACCGUUGUGUGUUGGAUUGCCACACACUCAACAUAAUCAACAAAUUGUCUCGCCUACAAACCAAGUGCCCGUCCAGCAGAGCAUGUUUCCAACACUGUAUUACAUUCCGACUGCGGCACAAACCACCAAAUUUAACCAAGACGGAAAAGUUAACACCGGUCUACCGCUCCACUACACACAAGGAUUAAUAUAUCCAUCACCGCCGCUGCUCUAUUUACAUCCUACGAUGGUGCCGAUGUCAUUUGCCAAUUUAACUAGUUCUGUGCCGCUUCCAGAACAGCUGACUCGAAUUUCAACUCUUACAACGACACAAUCUUUAAUGGCUGCACCUAAUCCAACAAAGACACAAGACUCUUACCAACCAACCGCAUCAAGACAGUUACAAAGAUCCUCGUCUCAAGCUACAUCUGUGAAGGCAGAACCAGGCUCAAAUAUGGCUCUUUCGGAUGUUUCCAAAAAAGGAAUUGCUGACUCACCUGUUCAAUCAGAAACUGAAGACUACGUUGGAGAACAACAUAACCAAAUUGUACAUAAUCAAAAUACUGAUAGUAAUGGUAACAAUGACGAUAUGGAUGGUUCGAGUUUUUCAAGUUUUUAUUCGUCAUUUAUUAAAACAACAGAUGACUCAGAAGAUCCACAAGAAAACGAUAAGGAAACAAUUUAUCGAAAGUUUAAAGUCGAAUUGGUGGCUAAAUUAAUUGAGACAGGUGAAGAAGAACAGACCCAACAUGGAGAUGGAUAAAAUAUUUGUAAUUGUUAUUUUUCGUGGAUUUAAGAAUAUAAUUAUGUCACAAAAAAGAACAGAUACAAUAUCAGGCCACUUGCGUUCUUGCUUUUUUUUAAAGUUUAUUAUAGAACUACGUUAAAAUUUAUUAAAUAAGCAUAAUUGAAAAUAUUUCAUGUCAAUAAUGUCACACUGCAUAUAAUUUUAUACCUUAUAACCUUGAGGCUCAAAUUUUAUUAACAGGCUUCCAUGGCAAAUAUGAAGCUGCUGUUGUCGCUAGUUUUCCUAUUUUUAAGUGUACGAAAUUUGUUAUCCGAUUUUAUCGAAUAAUGUCACAUUACAUUACUUAAAUAGAUUUUAUUAUUUCUUUAUAUUUUUUGUACAUUUUUAAUUUAAAUUUAUUAAAAAAAAAUAAGAGCUUAUAUUGCAACUUUUUUCAUUUAAAUUUAUAUUUAAAUAUAAAAAAGUACAAACAUUUGGUCUAUAAGUUACCUUAUUU